AUGGCUGCCGAGAAAAAAGCCACCAUUUUGUCGUUACAGAGGACGCUAAGUGCGAUUCAACAGCGUGCCUCUAAAAUAAUGAUUUUCGUGACCGCGUUCAAAGAUGAAGAUGAUCCUUUAAUGCUAGAAACUCGUGGAAAGGUUUUAGACGAGAUGCGAAUUACCUAUUUCGAGACUGAAAGCAAGUUGUAUGGACUAGUUAAAGACGAUGAAGUCCCUAUAAUCGAAAAGGAAAGUGAAGAGUUUUUCGACUUAUUGAGUGAAAUUCGGUACCAAAUCAUGAAAAAGGUGAAGGCGUUGUCAAAGCCUUCUGAAGCAAUGACCUCAGAUACAAGUUUCGCCCAGAAACCUAACCCCGAUUCGUGCAUAAAACUACCGGAAAUUUCGUUGCCAAAGUUCAAUGGCCAUUAUGAACAAUGGUUAUAUUUUCGCAGUCAGUUCAAUCUGCUUGUUCGUCGAAAUGAUUCGUUAAACGAUCAACAGCGGUUACAUUAUUUGCGGUCGUGUCUGUCCGGUGAAGCUGCCACAAUUGAAACACCAGAAGAAUCGUUUGCGUCCUUGUGGAUGGCGUUGGAAGCACGUUACGAAAAUCGUCGCUGGCUAGUUGACCGCCAUCUUGCAGACAUUUUUCAACUCAAGCAAAUUCAAGUUGAAUCUUCUUCUGCCCUGCGCGAACUAAUUAACAUCGUACAGAAGAAUCUCCGAGCUUUGUCGUCGUUAAAAUUGCCGCUCGAUGCACUUUCCGAGUGUAUGGUAGUGCAUGUGGUUGCUUCUCGUCUCGAUAAACAGACACAUAAAGAUUUCGAGUCCCACGUGGUCGGUACAAAGCUAGUGAAAUGGCAAGGGAUGGUUGACUUUUUGCAAAAUCGUUGUCGCAUUCUAGAAAAUCUAGAGCAAGAUCAUAAGUUGGCGUCCCACAGUAAUACAAAACCGUCGGCAAACAAGUGGAAGCCGAAUGUGUUAGUGAGCUCUAAUCGUGAUUCAGACUAUAGAAGCAAAUUUGCCUGUUUCAAUUGUAAGGGCGGGCAUUAUAUAAACGAGUGCCGCAACUUUUUGUCGAAAUCCCCAACCCAACGUUUUCAACGAGUGAAAGAACUUAAACUGUGUGUAAAUUGCUUCAGCAACCGUCACAUUGUCGCCGAGUGUAAAAGUGGUACGUGUAAGGAAUGUGAUCUUCGUCAUAAUACUUUGCUACACUUUGAAACGAAGUCAACGGAUGCGAACACCGACACGAAGUCCAAUCCCGUUCGUGUCGAGUUGUGCACAAUGCUUCAACCAGUCCAGUCGUGUGAGCAAUUUAACUCUGCCUCGAUGAAUACGCACGGACCAGAGGCGUAUUGUUUUCCGAGCGAAAGUACAGUGUCAAAAAAGGUUCAGUUGAUGGCAGUAAACGAUCAAGCAUUGUUGCACACUGCUUUAGUACAGGUUCGCAGCAGUAGUGGUGAACUUCAAGAAUGCCGUGCUGUUCUCGAUUCGUGUGCGAUGUCGACGUUUAUGACAACUGCGUGUGCAAAGAGGUUGCGACUUAAAACCUUUUCAUCGAACGUGUCUGUUGUUGGAUUUGGGGGAGCAGGAAGGCAAAUUACAGAAUCAGUUGUCGCCCAUGUUAGUUCAAGGUCAUCUUAUUUCGAAUCGAUGGCUGAAUUUUUGGUUACCCCUCGAAUCACAAGUAAAUUACCGUUGCGAUCUUUUGAAAUUGCCAAUUGGAAUAUUCCCGACUGGAUAGAUCUUGCGGAUCCACAGUUUAAUAAAACAGCGAAAAUUGAUAUCCUUUUCGGAAUCGUUGAAUGGGACAAAAUGAUGCUGUUUAAGUCCUAUACACUGUCGAAAGAGCUUCCGACCUUCCGACAGACAGUAUUUGGCUGGGUUGCAGGUGGUCAUGUAAAGGAGAGAGAUAGUUACCCUCAAGUGCAAGUGCUCUCAGUGACGAAUGAACAAUUAGACAAACAAGUUUCGAAAUUCUGGUGUAUCGAAAAUUACGGUUCCGAAAAUAGUUGGUCCGUCGAAGAACAAGCCGCGGAAGAUCAUUUUGUAUCGAACCACAGUCGUGAUGUUACAGGUCGGUAUACUGAGUUCAUCGACCUGGGCCAUAUGGAACAAAUUGGCACGUUCAACCCAGUAGAGUUGCAAUCGGAAAAGCAGUAUUUUUUGCCGCAUCAUGCUGUCAAACGCCCAGAUAGUAGUACGACGAAACUCAGGGUGGUGUUCGAUGCUUCGGCUAAAACUAGCAAUGGAAAAUCGCUGAAUGAUCAACUUAUGGUGGGACCAACGUUGCAACCCCAGCUUGUCGAUACGCUGCUUCGCUUUCGAACGUACAAGGUCGCGGUCACAUCCGAUGUUUCGAAAAUGUUCCGACAAAUUUUAGUACGCAAAGAAGAUCGACGUUUCCAGCAGAUUCUUUGGAGAUCCAGUACCAAGGAUGAAAUCGGUGUUUAUCAGUUAACGACAGUUACCUAUGGUACUGCCAGCGCCCCGUUUUUGGCAGUCCGGACACUAAUGCAGAUUUGUGAAGAUGAAGCAGAGCAGUAUCCCCUUGCAGCAGAAGUUGGCAAGAAAUCGGUAUACGUCGACGAUGUUUUAUUCGGUGCUGAUACGGUAGAGGAAGCACGAGAGUUGAAAGGGCAACUAGCUGCUAUGCUCGAAAAGGCAGGAUUCGAGUUGCAUAAGUGGUGCUCAAAUAGCAAAGAGGUGUUGGCUGAUAUUCCCGAAGCCAGGCUGGAGCAAAAGGUACUGCUGAACAAAGAAGGCCGAACUAAAACCCUUGGGUUAACUUGGCAACCCGAUGAAGAUGUAUUCAGUUUCGAAGUUAUGUCAAUUGCCUUUGACGAAGGAGUACCGACCAAACGAACAAUUCUCUCAGACAUAUCAAAGUUAUUCGAUCCACUUGGCCUAGCAGGACCAGUUAUUAUGACGGGCAAACUCAUCAUGCAAGAACUAUGGAAAGAGAAACUAAAUUGGGACGAGCCGCUGGAAGCUGGUAUAGAAAACAGGUGGAACGAGUAUCGACUACAGUUACAGACGAUGAACACAAUUCGGAUUAGUCGCUGUGUACUUCCAUUGUUGCAAACAGAAUUUGUAGAACUUGCUGGGUUCUGUGAUGCAUCGCAGAAGGGCUACGGAGCAUGUUUGUACUUAAGGUCACGAAACUCGCAAGGUCAAAUCUCCAUUCGUUUACUAUGCUCAAAAUCUCGCGUCGCACCUAUCAAGGGAAAUCGAACCACGAUUCCGCGCCUAGAGCUAUGUGGAGCUCGUUUGCUCGCUCAAUUAGCAGAUAAUGUAAGACGAUCCCUACCAGUUACCGUGAACCGAGUUCGUUUUUGGUCCGACUCCACUAUUGUUCUCAGCUGGAUCAACACUUGCCCCAGUAAACUGGAUGUUUUUGUAUCAAACCGUGUCGCUGCAAUACAACAGCUGUCCGACCCAAGCGAAUGGUGUCACGUCAGCACGCAUGACAAUCCGGCAGAUUUGGUCUCACGUGGAAUUAUGCCCCAAGAGCUUCAUUCAUCUAAACUUUGGUGGUGUGGACCGCCAUUCCUACGUAAAAACGAUAUCGUCUGGCCAAAGGGAGUGCAGCUGGUUGACCCCAUGCAGCUGCCAGAAUUGAUCCAGGUUACCGCCAUGCCCGCAGUGGUCGAAAGGCUGCAUUUAUUCGACAAUUGCAGCAAGUACAACAUAAUGCUUCGAGUCGUCGCGCGUAUCAAGCGCAUGUUCCAGAAUCGUCAGCGUAGUGCAGAGAAUCAACGUCGUGGAGAGUUUAGCGCAGAGGAAAUGCGAUACGCCAAGCUUACAAUUGUUCGUCUCGUCCAGAAGGAGAGCUUUCCGGAAGUAUUCGCCCAAUUACGAGAGGAGGUAACAUCGAAGAACCAUUCGCUAAUACCGCUUUCUCCGUUUGUAGACAACCACGGACUACUGAGGGUCGGUGGACGUCUAUCGAAAUCGGCCUGCUCAUAUGAUACAAAACACCAGAUGAUCCUUCCCAAGAACCAUCCCGUCACAGGUGCAAUCAUCCGGUCUUUCCAUGAGUCCAAUAUGCACGCCGGUAUUCAGGUCACACUUGCUGCAACCAGAAGGGAAUUUUGGAUCAUCAAGAGCUGUGUCGUUUGUUUCAAGAGCAAUCCCCGUCCAAUUCAACAGUACAUGGGUGAUUUGCCAGCUUGCCGUGUGGAAGGACAGUAUCCGUUUUAUCGAGUCGGUAUCGAUCUCUGUGGACCAGUAUUCCUGAAGCAGCGCAAUAAACGUUCCACCGUCGAGUAUAAAGGAUGGAUUGUGCUUUACAUUUGUCUGGCAACAAAAGCGAUCCACCUCGAGUUGGUCAGCGAGUUAUCAACCGCAGCAUUUUUGGCAUCAUUCGAUCGUUUCGUUAGCCGUCGAGGUAGACCUAUUGCAGUUUGGACCGACAACGGCACAAAUUUUGUUGGCGCCGCUAAUUUGUUGAAAGAAUGGGAGAAGUUUUUUAAGAGUUUCGACAACCAAGACGACAUUCUACGAGCCUACGGCAACAGUGUCGAGUGGCACUUCAAUCCCCCAGAGGCACCGCACUUCGGCGGUAUUUGGGAAUCAAACAUCCGUCAAACCAAGGUGUUAUUGUUGAAGCAUACAGCAGCAGCAGCUCUGAGUUUCGAAGAGUUCUCAACCGUUUUGUGUCGAAUUGAAGCGGUUUUAAAUUCGAGACCGCUCACCCCGCUAUCGGACGACCCAGAGGAUUUUGAGGCGUUAACUCCGGGACACUUUUUGGUAUUUCGAUCUUUGAACGCUGUCGCACGUCCCGUAGUCAUCGAUCAACGUAAGCAUCCUAGGCAACGAAAUGAACACAUCACCGCUAUCAUUCAGCACUUCUGGAAUCGUUGGCAAUCGGAGUAUCUUUCGUCGCUACAAGUACGAUACAAGUGGCACAAGAAGGUAGAAGUCGAAGUAGGUCAACUUGUGCUCAUCAAAAAGGACAACAUGCCAGUUCAGAAAUGGCUACUUGGCCGUAUUAUCGAGGUCAUCCCUGGUACCGAAGGUGUUGUACGAGUCGUCGACGUCAAAACAGAGAAUGGAAUUUUGCGAAGACCUGUAUCGAAGCUGUGCUUUCUACCCAUCGACCCAGAGCAGAGUUUCGAAAGGGACACCUUUCAACAGCGGGAGGAUGUUCAGAAUAAUCUGAUCGAAUCGGCAUCACUGCAAUAA